AUGGCUAUCUUGAUUUGCUGUUCGAAGGUUUUAAAUCCUCUAGUGGUUGGAGACUUUGAGAGAAUGGCAACAGAAGCACCAGGGUGGGCCGACCAAUGGGGUGCCGGUGGCAUCGGUGCCCUGGAGGAUGGAGACAACACCAAAGCCACAGAAAACAGCAGCAACAACAAGAAGGCAGAUACCAAGUCUGGAUUAGGCAAAGCCAAGGUGGCUGCAAUGGCUGGCGCAGAAAAGAUCAAAAAUGGGACAUCCAAUGGUAUCAAAUGGAUCAAAAAUCAGUGCCAGAAAAAAAAACCCUCUAAACCAGUAAACUAA